CGCAGAGUCGACGAUCAGCUCCCGGUCCUCGCCGUCCGACCUCUUUGUGACCAAAAAGCGCGACAUUGCGUGCGUUGGGGUGUCUUCGGGGCCAAAGAGUGGACACAAGAGUUGUCUUCGGCUUCUCUUCAGCUCUUCUCACGAAACGAGUCAAGAGUUGCGUUCUUUGGCCGACAGAUGGCGCGCACGACAAGUGAGUCAUCAGUGAAUCGAUUGUGAAAUUCGACGCAAAAGACGUCUCCAGACGACAGACGACGACAAAUGGACGCGCGAUAGACAUGAAUGUCGUGUCUCUGGCGGACAUCCUCUCGGCCUUCAACGCCUCCAUCAACGAAGAGCAGUGUUGGGCGCUCUGUCACCAAAGUCUGGUCGCCUUCCGCCUCCACUUCGCCCCCGAAACGGCGGCUCUGGUCACCGAAACGCGCCAUUUGUUGGUCCAAAGCGACGGAACGGUUCUCCAGAAGUCGCUGUCCGACGAUGCGUCGCUGCGACCGAAGGCCAGUUCCGAGAGCGAGGUCAUCUCUUCGCUCGGAGUCGUUCUCUUCCGAGCCCUCGAUUACGGCCUUCGCGACGACGAGGAGCGCUCCCUUUCGGCGCCUCUCGAGGCACUCAUCGACCGCUUGACGGGCGCGGCGGCCGACGACGAGGCGCGCGACGAAGGCAUUGAAUGCGAAACAAGUCUCAGAUCUUCGCUUACCUUCAAUGACGUCAUUCAGAUGUGUUGCGCGCGAGUGUCGGCCCCGGGAGCCGCCGAAAGCCACUACCGGGCCGUUUGUCGCGCUCUGGUGGCCGAGACGCUGGAACUGACGGCCUUCUUGGAGCAGAUCCAGCGCUCGGACACGUCUUUGCCCGCAAAAGACGAGAAGGCCGUCGCGGAGUGUCUCGAACUGGGAUUGGAUGUCCAGGAUUGGGCGCGACUUUGGGUUCACGUGAUUCGUCAGCUCAGAGAUGGCGUCCAAUUGCGUGCCGUUCCCGACGACGAGCGACAGACGACACUGUCGUCCGCCGACUACGAGUUGACGCCUUUCGAGCGCCUCCUAAACGACAUUCGCUUCAAACGCUAUUCACUCAACAAAGUGGAGUUGGAGGAGGGGCGCCUCCCGCCCAAAGACGCGCAUGCGCUCAUCCUCGACUUCAUCCGGUCGCGCCCCCCUCUGGUGCCCGCCUCCCGCCGCCAACUCGCGCCUGCGCCCGACCGCCAGGAGACGCUCUACGAGAAACUCAUGCAAUCCAUUCGACAACAACACAAACUGCGGCCAACGCCCCGCCCGCCCACUCCUCCCCUUAACGUGGAGACGUCGCGGACGCGAAUCUCGGACCAGGAGUCGACGCCUGCGCCGCAAAGACGUCUCAUUAAAGCGAAUCUCAAUCUCAGGCUUUCGUUCGAGUCUUUCGACGACGAAAACGACGACAAAGACAACACCGAAGGCGACACUCACGUCAACAAUGCCGCCGACGGCUCCAAGUUCUCGCUGCGAAAGCAAUCGGUUUCCAUGGAGACCAUCAAUACUAACAUCUGUCGUCUCUGUGUCGCAGUGUCGCGCCUUCUGUCGCAAGAGCGCCGCCACUCCAUCUCCGUGUGCGAGAGUCCGCGCGACCCGCCGCUCGACGUGAAUGAGGACGCGCGCCAACACGUGGUGUCGAUCUGGGAGUCGUGCGAAUGGGGGCGCGCCCUCCAGUGCCUCUCUCUCACCCUCCAGGAGGUGCAACACAUUCGCUCCGUUCUGACGAAAGCGGAGUUGGAAACGCUUGCCGUCACGAAAGACCUCCGCCACGACCUCGAGAACGGCAAGAUCUGCUUCACGUGUCUGAAGACGCGCUUCUCCUUCUUCGGCCAGUGGCCCAAAGCGUGCAAACUCUGCGAACGCGCUAUUUGUGACCGGUGCGCCACCAAAAUGCACAUUCCGUUCGCGCACUUCGACAAAGUGCCCAUUUAUAUGCUGUCGCCCACGCCCUCCCCUCCCGACCCCCACAGGCCCUGGCCCGCCCCCACCGAGACCGCACCCCCACCCGAACACAGGCCGCAGAUGGAGACGACGGCGAAGAAGCGGUGGCAAGUGCUGCGCGACUCAUCCGAUCGCGUGGUUGUGGACGCGGGGCAGCGGAAGGCCGGCCCUCGAGAGCGCGUUUGUCGCGACUGCAAGCGAUUGGUGCGCCAUCUCAUAGACACGGGAAGCGCUAACUGGAAGUGA